CGGCUACUCUCUCGGCAGGCGUCCUCCCGCUUCUCCGCUUCUAACCGAGCCCCCCUUCCUGUGGGUGCGCGGAGCGGCCCGCACGUAGGGAUCCGGACCGAACGAAGUCGGGCAUCAUGACAACCCUGGAUGAUAAAUUGCUGGGAGAAAAGCUGCAGUACUACUACAGCAGCAGUGAGGAUGAGGACAGUGACCCCGAGGACAAGGACAGAAGCAGGGGUGCCCUGGCCAGCAGUUCCACGUCUGUAGAAGCUGAGCAAACAGGCGAAGGCAUCUCAGUUAACACAGGUCCAAAAGGUGUAAUCAAUGACUGGCGCCGUUUCAAGCAGUUGGAAACAGAGCAAAAGGAAGAGCAGUGCCGAGAGAUGGAGAGGCUGAUCAAGAAGCUAUCAAUGACCUGCAGGACCCAUCUGGACGAAGAGGAGGAGCAACAGAAACAGAAGGACCUCCAGGAGAAGAUUAGUGGGAAGAUGACCCUGAAGGACUUCGCCAUGCUGAGGGAGGACCAAGACGACGAAGAGUUUCUGCAGCAGUACCGGAAACAGAGAAUGGAGGAGAUGCGCCAGCAGCUUCACAAGGGGCCGCAGUUCAAGCAGGUGUUCGAGAUCCCCAGUGGAGAAGAGUUUUUAGAUAUGAUUGAUAAAGAACAGAAGAGCACCCUCAUUCUGGUCCAUAUUUACGAGGACGGCAUUCUGGGGACCGACGCCAUGAAUGGGUGCAUGACCUGCCUUGCUGCAGAGUACCCAGCGGUCAAAUUCUGCCGCGUGAGGAGCUCCGUUAUUGGGGCCAGCAGUCGCUUCACCAGGAAUGCCCUACCUGCCCUGCUGAUCUACAAGGGCGGUGAAUUGAUUGGCAAUUUUGUUCGUGUCACUGACCAGCUAGGGGAAGAUUUCUUUGCUGUGGACCUGGAAGCUUUUCUGCAGGAAUUUGGAUUGCUCCCAGAGAAGGAAGUCUUGGUGCUGACCUCUGUGCGCAACUCUGCUGCCUGCCACAGUGAGGAGAGCGAUCUGGAGAUAGACUGAACCGGUAGUCGGGUUGCAUACGGCUCUCCUGUUUGGGCCUGAGGAUACACAUCUGUGUGUGUGUUUGUGUUUGUGUUCCUUUCCAUAUCUCUAGCUUUUUAGAUGUUCUUUGUAGUCCUCUUAUUCUGUGCAAAGUCAAGACACUCUUAGAUUGAAUCAGAAUGCUGAAUUACCUUGGGGCUAGCAAUAAAGUAACUGUAAAGUUGCCAGGUUAAACAGGAAGCCAGGCUUUCAAACUAUUCACUGAGGAUUCUCUAGCAUGACAUCUCGUUAUUGUUUCCAGUCAGUAUUUAUAUAGCGUCCUACCACAGUGUCCUGUAAAUUGUCUUCAGAUGAGCUCAGAGGUCUCUGCCAGCUCUUGGAGUAUACGUCUAUAGUUAGUGUCUUAUUUGUAAUGUAAAUAGUGUGUUUCCUUAAUCAAAUGAUUACAAAUUAUACUUAUUUGUAACCAGACCCAUAGCCCCAAAGGCAGGGAAAGCGCACCUCCCCACCCUCCAAUUAUGGAUUUAUUUUUAAAAUUUCUUUUGGACUAUUGGGAAAGUAAUUCAUAUUCACUAGAGGAAAAUUUACCAAAAUAUACAAACAAGAAAACUAAAAUCUUCAAACCAACUACCUGAAACGAAACACUUUCAUUCUACCUACAGUGAAACACUAUUUCCUCCCAAGAUGUUUUCUAUGUAUGUGUAGGAUGUGUGUGUGUUUUUAGACAAAACAAUGGGAUCCUUCUAAGCAUACUGUUCUAUAGUAUGUUCAGCUAAUACUGUACCAGACUUUUUUUUUUCAUGUUAUUAAAUACUUUUCUAAAGCAUUUUUAGUGCUUAUCGGUAUUCCAAUGUAUAGAUGUGCUAUAAUUUGCUGGGUGGUUGUCUUGCAGGAGAAAAACGUCGAAGAGAUGUUUUUAUUAGAGAGGUAUUAGAUGUUCAUUGUGUAAAUUGAACUAAAGAGAUGUAGACACAUGGAAAUUCCACCAACUAAAGCUAAACCCUGCCUUCAGUUUUACAGAUAUCUCUCUAGUCUUUUAUUUUCUCCUGUACUUAUCUUAAUGCUUGUUAUUUGAAAUCAUUAAAAAUGCGCCUUCUGAGGUUAGGGAAAACAUAAUCCUAGCUUUCAGCUUCCCAUGGUUGUGACUUCAGGAAUUGAUGGGAGCUGAGGGCUGGGCUGCACGUGGAUUUGGGGAAAGUAGCUGUUGUAGUUGAGCAACAAAAACAGCGCUUGGCUUUUCUGUUUGAAGAAGCAUCGCGUGCUCUCUGUAGCCGACUGGAAAGGACUGAAACCAGCAGACGCUGUGAAGUCUCUUGUUAGUGUGCUCACUGUGGUGCAAAUGGCGAAGCACUUCGACCUUUAGCCACCACCCACGGGCACCUCUGAAGACAGGCCUGGCCCCCUGCUUCCCAGGCGCCUUGAAAGGCCCAGGGAGCAGUUCUACUCUGCAAGCAUCAGGGUUGCCGGGAAUUGGAAUCAACUCUGCAGCAAUGAACAACAGUUGAAAACAUGUUGAACUUAGUUCUGUGCCCUGUUGUACUUAGCAUUUUUAUCACUUUAUCAUGUUAAAAAAUGCUCAAUAAAAUUUUUAAUGACUUCUUAAUAUUC